CCCAUUGCUAGAAUCCCUAUUGGCUUCAAUCGUACGCGAACGAAAACGAACAAUAUCGGAUCGAUAGGCCACGCUUUCGCGGUCUGUACUCGCACUGAAAAUCAAGAUCAAGCGAGCUUUUGCUCUUUUGCUCUACGAGAGGAUUCCGUCCUCUCUGAGCUAGCCUUAGGACACCUG